GCGUGUUGGUUCGGUGAUGGCGGCCUCCUCAUCUGCCGCUGCUGCUGCUGGUGCUACUGGCAGCUCAUCGUCGGCCAAGGGCGACGCAAAGCAGCCAUGCGGUCGGUGAGCCACCACAUCCAUCCAUCCAUCCAUGAGCAAGGCAUAUUUCAUGUGAUGUGUCCUGUUUGUGUAUGCCGUGGUGCUUAUCUAUGGGUGUGCAGGUCAUAAGUUCCAUGGGCAGGUACGCAUCUCUCACUGUACCGACAAGAGACCAUCGCAGCAGCAUAUGUCUUAUGUGUGUGUGCACCUCUCUGCUGGCUGCAGUGUCUGCUGGGCAUGGUUCGCCCGCGCCCCUUUGGCUUCACUGCUGGGCCGUCUGCUGGCCUGCCGAAGUGCAGCGGGCGAUGUGGGAGGGGUGGCAGUGGCAGCGAUGACAGUGCGGCUGGCGGCCAACAGGGUGGGCCUCAGAUGCUGACAGUCCACGGUGAGCAGCAGUCGACACAGAUACAGAGAGGUGCAAUGGGUGUCUGCCUUGUGUGUGUCAUGCAGGCCAUUCUGUGUGUUUGGAGGUGAGUAUCCACAGAAGGUCAUGAAUGGCCCCACUCACUCAGUCCUCCUGUCUGCCAUUCCUUCCUUUGUCCGUCAGUGUGCUGUGCAGUGGCAAGACUACGGCCGUCAUAACAGUGUCAGCCAGCCAAUCUGCCCCGUAUGCCGGUAGGUGCACAUCUGACAACACACAUGGACAGAUGAUGCACAGCACAUUAGCGUGGCCAUCCCUCCCUCUCUGUGUGUCUUGGUUUGUGGUGCGGUGUUUGUCAGGGCCGGCUUUGCGUGGGCGAGGGGCGGCAGCUCCAUCGGCCUCUCGUACGUGGCGCACAUCGCCAAGUGGCUGCAGCGCGAGAAGAAGCUCACACUCAUCUACAAGUACACACACAGACACUCACACACACGCACAGUCAUGUGAUGUGUCCUUGAUGUGUCUGUCCAUCAGGGCAUUGCGUGACGGCGCCAAGUAUGAUGAUUUGCUGCGGUGUGUGGGCGAUAAGAGGCGAUUGGUCUUCGUCAUCCGCAAGGACGAGUACGUCUUGGGCGCCUUCAUCAGUGAAGGCCUUCAGCUGCCCGACGACCGCACCGACAGCCACUACUAUGGGUGUGACGUGUGGUAUUUCUCGCUGGGCGGCCACUUCGCCCAGCCGACCAAGAUAGACAUCCCACGAAUGUGUCAGUUUGUGUAUCUGGCGGGGAGGGAUGGGAGUGUGGGUGGUGGUGCGAGGGUGGAGCUCGGUGAGUGUCUGUAUUUGGGUGACGGCCAUGGCAGUCGCCGGCCCGCUGCCGACAUCCGCAGCUGUUAUCAGUACGCCCACAGGGACGAUGUGCCCGCGGGCUAUGUGGUCGCUAGAAAUAGAUAUGGCCAUGCCCUGCUGGGCGGGUCGGAGUGUUUCCAUGCGGAUGAGAUUGAGAUACUGACUGUGGUGGCACAGUGAGUCAGUGAGGGGGGAGAGAGGGACGGGAUGCAUUUCUCCUGGCUUUAUCUAUCUACCCAUCGGUGAGCGUCUGGCGGCCUCUGAUGUCGUGUCCGACUGUGACGUGUGGUAUUUCUCGCUGGGCGGCCGCUUUGCCCAGCCGACCAAGAUAGACAUCCCACGAGGAUAUCAGUGUGUGUACGUGGCGGGGAGGGAUGGGAGUGUGGGUGGUGCCGCGAAUGUGCUGAUCGGUGGGUAUCUGUGGUUGGGCCACGGCAGCGACGAGCCGGCUGCCGACAUCCGCAGCUGUGCAGAGUUUUCCGAUAGCGGCAGUGUGCCUGCGGGCGAUGUGGGGGAGAGGGAUGGCUACGGCAAUGCACUGCUGGGCGGGUCGCUGUAUUUCCAUGCUGACGAGAUGGAGGUGCUGCAUGUGGGCGGCCGCUGAGUGAGAGACGGGGGGAGGGGAUACCGUGUCUCGCCGCCCAAUGAACGGCUGUGGGUGUGAGGCGGAUGGGAUGGUGUACAGCGAUUUCCCUUGUGUGUGUGUGUGCAUAUGAUCCUAUCCCAUAUAUCGGUUUGGGGGAGAGACACUUACGUCAAUCAAUGAGUCAAGUGUCCUUACAC